AUGAAUAAUGGAUACAAUGUUGAGCACAAUGCUUUGGCAACCCUUGAAGAAAUGAGAGGCCCUCCAACUAGCUCUGUUGUUUGUCCUCAGCCAAGGCGAGUUGUUGUUUCUCCCAACAUGCCCACAAGGCCAUUUACAUGGAUAUUUUGCCAACAAGGUGAAGAACCAAAUUCAAAUGCAGGGUUGGAACUUCUUGACAUCAUUUCCAAUAUAAGUUAUAGCUAUUAUGAACAACAUAACACAAAUCAAGAAGCUUCAUCACCCCCAUUUUUUCUUGGUUCUCCUCCUGUAAGAACAUCUAACCCUUUGAUCCAAGAUGCACAAUUUGGACAUGAAAAACAUACCCCUCAAUCAAGAUCUCCAAUUUCAUCACCCCCUAGUUUAUCUUCUCCAUCUUCUGCAUCCUCACAAGGUUUGUUUUCUCCAUCUUCCUCAUUGAGGAAAGGAGGGUGUGUUAGAAUGAAAUUUGGAAUUAAAUCCACUGCCGUUAGAGUGGUAGGAUUUGACUGCCACGUUCCAGCUUUUGGUUAA